UCUCAAAACGCUCGCGAUCCCCAAACGUAACGGUUGUAGACCUCUCCUCCAGUGUGUGGCAUAUCAGCUACAGCAAAUGAUAGAUCAGAGUCUCACAUCAGUGGAGGAAAUGUUAAAAAUUAACGAAAACGAAACGAAUCCAUGAAUUAAGUGCCACAGCAGCAACAACAAAUUCAAAACGAAUCGAAACCGUCGUCUGGCUACGUGCGCAAAGUGUAUGUGUGUGUCAGUGUAUAUGAAGAGCAAAGCAGAGAGAGAGAGUGAGAGAGCAAGGCAAAGAAAACGAGCUGCAAAGAAAAACGUGAGGCGUCCGUUUGUCGCGUACGCGCUUUGCUUUUCCAUGUGUAAAUGAUGUGUGAAAAAUUCAUCGAAUUUCCCAACAAAAUGUGCCCAAAUGACCGGCCGUGAGUGAAGCAAAUCCGUAGAUAAAACCCGAUAUUCAAUCUAACCAAAAUCCGAGUCCAAAAAGACUUGAGCAACGAAGCCAGCAAUCACAACAAAACCAAACAACACAAAAGAGAGGCCAGAGAUACACAACGCUGCGGAGAGAACAGAUAACAAGAGAGUGAGAGAGAGGAGUGUCGACUUGUUUUAGAGGGAAUGCAGAGUGCGGUGCAAAAUGCAGCCAAACAAAUUACUAAAACACACGGAAAAUUAAUCAAAUAAAGAAGCGAAGACAAUUCCACAGCACGCACUGUAUCUGUCUACACCUCAGGUCGCAGACAGACAGCAGUCACUGUAUAUCGAAAGCGAGAGAGACUCCUCGCGUUUUAGCGCUAAAACAGCUAAAGAUACAGCCAUGGACAGGGACAGCCUACCCCGCGUACCGGACACCCACGGCGACGUAGUCGAUGAGAAAUUAUUCUCGGAUCUGUACAUAAGGACCAGCUGGGUGGAUGCCCAAGUGGCGCUCGAUCAAAUUGAUAAGGGUAAAGCGCGUGGCAGCCGGACGGCCAUCUAUCUGCGUUCAGUAUUCCAGUCCCACCUCGAAACGCUCGGCAGCUCCGUGCAGAAGCAUGCCGGCAAGGUGCUAUUCGUGGCCAUCCUGGUGCUGAGCACCUUCUGUGUGGGCCUGAAGAGCGCCCAGAUCCACUCGAAGGUGCACCAGCUUUGGAUACAGGAGGGCGGCCGCCUCGAGUCGGAGCUGGCGUACACACAGAAGACCAUCGGCGAGGACGAGUCCUCCACGCAUCAGCUGCUCAUCCAGACGGCCCACGAUCCGAAUGCCUCGGUGUUGCAUCCGCAGGCGCUGCUCUCCCACCUCGAGGUGCUGGUCAAGGCCACCGCCGUCAAGAUCCACAUGUACGACGCCGAGUGGGGACUGCGCGACAUGUGCAACUCCCCGACCACGCCCACCUUCGAGGGACACUACUACAUCGAGCAGAUACUGAAGCAUUUGAUACCGUGCUCGAUCAUCACGCCAUUGGAUUGCUUCUGGGAGGGCAGCCAGCUGCUGGGACCGGAGUUUCCUGUGAACAUUCCUGGGCUUAAUCAACGCCUCAUGUGGAGCACCCUGAACCCCGCGUCGGUGAUGCAGUUCAUGAAGCAGCAAAUGUCCGACCAGAAGAUCAGCUUCGACUUCGAGACCGUGGAGCAGUAUUUGAAGCGGGCGGCCAUCGGCAGCGGAUACAUGGAGAAGCCCUGCCUCAAUCCGCUGAAUCCCAACUGCCCGAAGACGGCACCGAACAAGAAUAGCACCACGCCGCCGGAUGUGGGCGCCAUACUGUCGGGCGGCUGCUACGGCUAUGCGGCCAAGCACAUGCACUGGCCGGAGCAGCUGAUUGUGGGCGGCGCACAGCGGAAUCGCAGUGGACACCUGAAGAAGGCUCAGGCCCUGCAGACGGUGGUGCAGCUGAUGACCGAGAAGGAGAUGUACGACCAGUGGGAGGACAACUACAAGGUGCACCACAUCGGCUGGACGCAGGAGAAGGCCGCCGAAGUGCUGAAUGCCUGGCAGCGGAACUUCUCCCGCGAAGUGGAGCUCCUCCUGCGCAAGCAGUCUCGCAUUUCCGCCAACUACGACAUCUACGUGUUCAGCUCGGCCGCCCUAGACGACAUUCUGGCCAAGUUCUCGCACCCGAGUGCCCUGAGCAUUGUCAUUGGAGUCGCUGUUACCGUUCUCUACGCCUUUUGCACGCUUCUCCGGUGGCGUGAUCCCGUCCGGGGCCAGAGCAGCGUGGGUGUCGCUGGUGUGCUGCUCAUGUGCUUCAGCACCGCAGCCGGCUUGGGUUUGUGUGCCCUGAUGGGGAUCGUCUUCAAUGCGGCCAGCACUCAGGUGGUGCCAUUCCUGGCCCUGGGCCUGGGCGUGGAUCACAUCUUCAUGCUGACGGCUGCCUAUGCGGAGAGCAAUCGCAAAGAGCAGACCAAGCUGAUCCUGAAGAAGGUCGGACCCAGCAUCCUUUUCAGCGCCUGCAGCACGGCCGGCUCCUUCUUUGCGGCGGCCUUCAUUCCGGUGCCGGCGCUAAAGGUCUUUUGCCUGCAGGCAGCCAUCGUGAUGUGCUUCAAUCUGGCGGCGGCUCUGCUGGUCUUUCCGGCCAUGAUUUCGCUCGAUCUGCGACGGCGCACUGCCGGACGGGCGGACAUCUUCUGCUGCUGCUUUCCCGUGUGGAAGGAGCAACCCAAGGUCAUGCCGAUGAACAACAACAACAGCCUGCGGGGAGCGCGUCACGUGAAGAACUGCAACAACAGCCGCGUGGGUCUGCCUCCGCCGCCACCAUCUCAGAAUCCCCUACUGGAGCAGCACGGCAGCGGCGCAACACCUGGCAGCAUCAGCAGCAGCAGCAAGAGCAGCUCCCUGCCGUCGUUUUCCUUGUCCAGCUUUGCCUUCGACUACUACACGCCCUUCCUGAUGCGCAGCUGGGUGAAGUUUCUGGCCGUGAUGGGCUUCCUGGUGGCGCUGAUCUUCAGUCUGUACGCCUCCACCAAGCUGCAGGAUGGCCUCGACAUCAUUGACCUGGUGCCGAAGCACAGCAACGAGCACAAGUUCCUGGACGCGCAGACGCGCCUGUUCGGAUUCUACAGCAUGUACGCGGUGACGCAGGGGAACUUCGAGUAUCCCACGCAGCAGCAGCUGCUGAGGGACUACCAUGACGCCUUCGUCCGGGUGCCGCAUGUGAUCAAGAACGAUAAUGGAGGCCUGCCGGACUUCUGGCUGCUGCUGUUCCGCGACUGGCUGAACAAUCUGCAGCGCAUCUUCGACGAUGAGAUACGGGAUGGGCGGCUGAACAAGGAGGUGUGGUACCCGAAUGCCAGCAGCGAUGCCAUCCUGGCCUACAAGCUGAUCGUGCAGACGGGCCAUGUGGACAAUCCGGUGGACAAGGAGCUGGUGAAGACGAAUCGGCUGGUCUUCAGCGAUGGCAUCAUCAAUCCAAAGGCCUUCUACAACUAUCUCUCUGCCUGGGCCACCAACGACGUCUUCGCCUAUGGUGCAUCUCAGGUACGUCCUUUUAUGACUUUUUUCUGCAUCCAAAAGCUAACUCUUUUUGUGUUUUCUUUGCAGGGCAAACUGUAUCCAGAACCGCGUCAGUAUUAUCAUGCGCCCAACGAGUAUGACCUGAAGAUUCCCAAGAGCCUGCCACUGGUCUACGCACAGAUGCCCUUCUAUCUGCACGGCCUCACGGACACCUCACAAAUCAAGACCCUGAUCGGCCACAUACGCGACCUCAGCGUCAAGUUCGAGGGCUUUGGACUGCCCAACUAUCCCUCAGGCAUUCCCUUCAUUUUCUGGGAGCAGUACAUGACAUUGCGCUCCUCGCUGGCCAUGAUUCUGGCGUGUGUUCUGCUGGCUGCCUUGGUGCUCGUCUCGCUGCUGCUUCUGUCAGUUUGGGCCGCCGUGCUGGUAAUCCUCAGUGUUUUGGCCUCGCUGGCACAGAUCUUUGGGGCCAUGACCUUGAUGGGCAUCAAGCUGUCGGCCAUACCCGCAGUCAUACUAAUACUGAGCGUGGGCAUGAUGCUCUGCUUCAAUGUGCACAUCUCCCUGGGCUUUAUGACAUCGGUGGGCAAUCGUCAGCGCCGCGUCCAUCUGGCCAUGCAGCUGUCAUUGGGUCCGCUGGUGCAUGGAAUGCUCACCUCUGGGGUGGCCGUUUUCAUGCUCUCCACAUCGCCCUUCGAGUUUGUCAUCCGGCACUUCUGCUUCCUGCUGAUUGUGGUGCUCUGCGUGGGGGCAUGCAACAGCCUGGUGGUCUUCCCCAUUCUGCUGAGCAUGCUGGGGCCGGAGGCGGAGCUGGUGCCGCUGGAACAUCCCGAUAGGAUAUCCACGCCCUCGCCUCUGCCCAUGCGCAGCAGCAAGCGCUCGAACAAGUCGUUCAGUGGGAACGGCUCGCGUUCGUCGUCGCGCAACAACUGCCAGAAGGCGCACCACUACCACAAGGACGUCAACAUCAACGAUCCCUCGCUGACGACCAUCACGGAGGAGCCGCAGUCCUGGAAGUCCAGCAACUCCUCCAUCCAGAUGCACAACGACUGGAGUGCACCUGCACCGCCGCCGACACAGACAUCGAACAACUUCAAUAACAUAAACUAUCAGCAUGGCGGGGGAUCACGCCCCGCCUCGUAUGGAGCACCGCCACCCGCGUACCACAAGGCCGCACAGCAACAGCAGCAGCAGCAGUAUCCACCGGAACUGCAGAGCAUCGUUGUGCAGCCGGAGGUGACGGUGGAGACGACGCACUCGGACAGCAACACCACCAAGGUGACGGCAACGGCCAACAUCAAGGUGGAGCUGGUUACGCCCGGGCGGGCGGUGCGCAGCUAUAACUUUACGAGUUAGCACUAGUUCCUGUAGCCAUUAGCCUUUAUCUCUAACUGUAGCCUAAGCUUUAACUCUAACUUUAUCUGUAUAAUCGAGAUUUGUCUAUAUAUAUAUUGCUUAUUGUAUGUAUAUGUGUAUGCAUGUUAGUUAAUUUCCGCGCGCAAUUAUAUGUAGCAGCUGCUAUGCCCCACAACCCCACAUUCCCCUACUCCUAAUCCUACUCUUACCAUCUGACACCAUCCUCACUCUGCCCUGAGCUCCUUCCCAUCCCAUCCCUCUGCCUAGCAGCUUUGUAUGUAUGUAUUUAGCUCUUAAGGCUCUUCUUAUACAUAGAGAUACAUAUUUAUUAUAACACACACACACAAGCACACACUGUACUUACACACCAACACAAUUAAAAGCGAUAUUCACGACACCAACAGCACCCCCACCCCUCCCCACGACACACAAAGCAAACAAACAAACUAGUAAUUUAUAGUCUUUAAUUUAGUUUAAAUAUGUACAUACAACAAAAGAAAAAAAACCACAAGGACUUGAACCAAAAUAGUAUCGCUUAUAUGGAAACGAAAGAAACAAAAAAUUACUUUUACUGAAUCGAGCAACAACAAUUACAAGCAAAAUAAAACAAAAAUCACAAAAAAAGCCCAUCCCCCGUAACGGUACUUACAACCAAAAUAAAA